AUUAUUGGAUCACUUCGAGUAACUACUAUGAUAUAAGGUGACAUUAUUUUUAAGGAUUGACGUGUGGAGGGUUCCUAAUUUAACCGUUUGGCGCCAGAUACUCCAUAAUACAAAUACAUUCCCCUAUGCAUUGGUUAAGAGAAAAUGAGAACAAAAAGCUUUGGUACCGCGAAAAGCUUUUGCAGGAAGCUCUUUAAGCUCUCGCGAACUAUUGUGAUAGUACAUUGAGUAUGUGAAAGGAAAUAAAAACAAAUAUUAUUUAAAGCAGCACAAUUUUGUUUAAUAUUUGUAAAUUUAGGUUGCAAAAAUGUUUUUACAAUUUUAAAGUGCUGGAAUUUUAAUCAGAGUACAGAAAUCCAGGACCAGGGUAUGCGUAUAAUAGCAAUAAGCAAUAUAUUUAACUGAAAACUGUUUUGCAAAGCAAAGCUAAAGUUAAACCAUGACAGCUGAGUUUAGUACGCGUAAUACUUUUCGAAAGAGUGGAGCUGCCGGGUUAGGCAAUAAUGCUCGCAAUGUGAUUACUUCGGCGAAUCCCUCCGGCGGCAGCAGCGCGUCGCUGCUCCAAAAACAGUUGUCAUUCAAGACCCCAAUAUGCUCGAACCAAUUCGGCAAGGCGGAUGAGGUUGAGAUGAUUGAGAGCUCCAACACUGAUAACUUGGGCGGCAGAUAUAAUAAGAAUAAUAUAAUUGGCUGGAUAUGUUGUGCACCCUGCAUAUGGUUGCGAACUUCUGCCGCAGUGCACAAAGUGGCCAUAACAUCGGCAACCCUGUUGGUGACAACCCUGCUGGUGGCAUCACCGAUCUUAUUUUUAAUCAGCACAGCUCCGUCGCCGCUGCCGAGGGAUUGCUACAUGGAGGGCGAUGGCUGCUCACCCACGAGUUCGUCCCCUUCGGAAUGCACAGAAGCCAUUUGUGAGACAGUCUCGUCAAACAUUCAGGCUAGACUCAAUUGGAAUAAGGAUCCGUGUUCGGAGUUUAAAAAGUUUAGCUGCUGGCGCAGCAGUCUCAAUAAAAACAUAACUAAUCAGAUCGAAAUGGGGAAUUCACAGAAAUCCGUUGACAUUCAAAUGCAGAUACUGCUUCAAAAUUCGAGUAUGAAUGGUCCUUUUAAGAAAUUACAUAGUUUAUUUGAGAGUUGCUUAAAGCUGACAACGAAUUCAUCGGCUAUACAACGCGUCUUUGCCACAUUAGGAGGAUACCUCACUGUAGGCACUUUAGGUCCCUCGUCCAUUGCACCGCUCGUAGCCAAAAUAUAUGAUCUGGGCCCGAGUCCAUUAGUAGAUAUUUAUUAUGAUCUCAGUUAUGGAAGAAGACCCCAUGUGCUUCUUAUCAUUAGCGGACCAAGUACCUCGUCUAUUAUCUUGGAGAAUAAAAUUCGUUGGAUGAGCCCGAAAGCUCCGCCGAAUCGUUUACGGCAAGGAAUCCCCAAGUUGUUACCAGAUCUAAUCGAUCAGUUUUUACCAAAUUAUUUAUCUUAUGCUCAACGUAUCUCUGAAAAAGAUACCAUAUUGGAGUUUGUAAAGGAUCUCAAUAAGAUGCAAGUUGAGCAAUCUCGUCGAGGUUUUUGGGAUAGCUCUGUGUUAUAUAAUAUAUCCAGUUUGCAAUCGAUGUAUCCAGUGCUAAAUUGGACUCUUCUUAUUCCAAAAGACUGGAGUGGCCCUAUUGUUGUGAGAAAUGCUGAUUAUCUCAGAGCUUUACAAGCAUUUCUGACCAAAUAUCCAUCUCGAGUUGCGCAUAACUCCAUGUUAUUACUAAGUGCACUUGAAAUUUUACCAAAAGAUUAUCCUAAUCCGGAAGUAUGCACACGCUCGACAAUGUGGGCUUUACCCGAGCUAGCGUCAGCAUUAUAUAUUGCUCAGCACUCGACAGAGGAUUCAAAGGACAUCAUAAAACGGGCGGACAUUGUUUUCAAGUCGCUGAAAGCGCACUUAAAAAGAGCUCCUUCCUUAAAAGGGGCAGCACUCGUGAAACUAUCAGCUUUAAAAAUUCAAUCCCAAACCUGGGAAGGAUUUACAAACCUAACGCAAUUGAUGAAAUCACAGGAAGCACUUCAAAUUAGCUCAGAUAGUUGGCUAGAAAAUAUUCUAGGGAUAUAUAAAAGGAAUAAAUUAGUACCAAAUACAAUUAAUAUGGACUCCAGUUCCCAUGAUGCAUGGGCCUAUCCUAUCGUAUCGACUAUAUUUUAUGACACUUUGAGCCAUUCAAUUGUGGUUCCGUUAUCGGUUAUCUUGAUACCCUAUUUCAAUGCACGAUUGCCUCCAUAUUUGCAUUAUGCUUCAAUUGGCGUUUCCAUUGCUAAAGAGAUUUUGCGGUCAAUAACGAAGAACUUCGAUGACAAAGCAAUGCGUUGUGUACCGCAUUCAGUUAAUAUAUUUUCGAACUUUAGCCGCAUGGAUAUUUUAAUUCACUCCGGAGGAAUGCAGAUCUCGUACCACUCUAUGCUUUCCCUAACUGGUCCUAUAAAAGGCAUGGCACGUUUGCCGGGAUUGAACUUGACUCCAACACAAAUCUUUUUCCUAGUCUCUGCUCAAGAGCUCUGUGCUGAAUCAAACUACAUGGGAAUUGACACAAGCGCUUCUGAGUUCGACAACAUAUUGGGUUGGCUCAUUGCACAAGGAGGUAGCGCGACUGAAGUUUUCAAAUGUCCAUCUGGUUCUAUGAUAAAUAUUCAAAAAACCUGCAAUGUUCUUUAAAUGUAAUUUGUAUAGUGCAAAAUAAACUACUGAAAUUUUGCGGAUGUUCUUCGUUUGAUUUAGGAACUCAAUGUGAAACAACAACCCGUCGAAACACUACUUUCUAUCCGAUGUCAGCGACUAUGCGAAAUCUAGUGAAUAGAAAAUACUUCAUUAUUUUCUACAUAUUUAUUUACAAAUAAAUAUAUUAUUUU